AUGACAUGCAAUGAAUGCGAUUUGAAAACUUCAUUUGCUGGAUUAUCGCAGAUUCUAAAUGCACUCCAUUCAAUACUAAUCCCUAUUUUCAGGACAUUGAACAUUCCUUUUGGAUCAUCCAAGUUUGCUGAUGUUGCAGCCCAAGUAUUGUCGGUUGAUAACGAACUCCAGCAGUCCAUGGUACAACGAAGCAUAUCUACACAUAACAGUGAAUUGAUAGUAGCAUUUACAUCUCCAUCACUCAAGAUGCUUAGAACAAGUGUAUCGUCAUUCUUUGAUAUGGCUUCUCUUGUUGCCCGGACCAUUGCAGAGUUUGGUGAUGAUACAGAAACCAUGAUCCAACCUCGCGCUUAA